AUCGUAUCAAAUUUUCAUAUUGAACGUUUAAAAAAAUACUAGGCAAAAUUACACCAAAACUUAUACCGGAAAAAAUCAAAAUGAUGUUAGGGCGGAAGCAGAGUCUUAAAGGAGAACCAAUUUUAGCUGAUUAUGGACCUGACGAAGCUUUUAAUGAAAGCGCCGACAUCGAAUGGAUAAAUAAGAGAUGGGUCCGUCGGAUAAUGAGAUCAUGUGCUCUUUUAAGUCUGGCUUCGGUCAGUUGCAAUACCCCAAAAACCUUCGAAAAAUUCCACUUUAUGCAAGUAACUACUUUUUCUAUUGAUACCAUCAUUACUUUCCUUUUCACGUCGGAAAUGAUUGCCAAAAUGCAUAUCCGAGGAAUCCUUAAGGGGGACCGACCUUACCUAAAAGACCAUUGGUGUCAGUUCGAUGCGAGCAUGGUAUUUUUCUUAUGGAUAUCAGUAAUUUUGCAGGUUUUCGAAAUGCUUAGCAUUGUACCAAGAUUCAGUUAUCUUUCGAUAUUACGAGCACCGCGACCGUUGAUUAUGAUACGAUUUUUGAGAGUUUUUCUUAAGUUUUCUAUGCCAAAAUCUCGAAUCAACCAAAUAUUUAAACGGUCCAGUCAGCAGAUUUACAACGUAACUCUAUUUUUCCUUUUCUUUAUGUCACUUUACGGGUUGUUAGGAGUACAAUUCUUUGGCGAAUUGAAAAAUCAUUGUGUUACAGUCAAUACAUCGGAGCCCAAGGAUAUUACGAUCAAUAGCCUUGCAAUACCCGAUACCUUUUGCUCCUUGGAUCCUUCUUCAGGUUAUCAAUGUCCUAAAGGUAUGAAAUGCAUGAAAUUGGAAGGUGUUUCACGAUAUAUUAUUGGUUUUAAUGGGUUUGAUGAAUUUGUUACCAGUUUUUUCACUGUAUACCAAGCAUCUUCACAAGAGGGAUGGGUAUUUAUUAUGUAUAGAGCAAUUGAUUCAUUACCAGGAUGGAGAGCUGUCUUAUAUUUCAGCACUAUGAUAUUUUUCUUGGCUUGGUUAGUCAAAAACGUUUUCAUAGCUGUUAUAACGGAGACCUUCAAUGAAAUAAGAGUACAAUUCCAACAAAUGUGGGGUAUAAGAGGACACAUACAGAACACUACAGCUUCACAGAUUUUGAUGGGCGACGAUAGAGGAUGGAGACUUGUAACUCUCGAUGAAAACAAACAUGGAGGUUUAGCUCCAGAUUUCUGCCACAAAAUAUUAAGAUCCCCGCAUUUUCGUCUAAUAGUAAUGUGCGUAAUACUGGCAAACGGAAUAGUAACGGCAACAAUGCAUUUCAAGCACGACGAGCGACCACGACAAGUUUUUUACGAAAAAUAUUAUUACAUCGAACUUGGUUUUACGGCUUUGCUCAACUUGGAAACCAUUUUUAAAAUAUGGUGCCUAGGUUGGAGGGGUUAUUGGAAGCACAGCAUUCAUAAAUUCGAGUUGCUGCUGGCCAUCGGUACCACAAUACACGUCAUACCGGGAUUUUAUAUGACGGGUUUUACCUACUUCCAAGUACUUCGAGUUGUAAGGUUGAUCAAAGCUUCGCCGCUAUUGGAAGACUUCGUGUAUAAAAUCUUUGGACCCGGCAAAAAAUUGGGAAGUCUGAUCAUUUUCACCAUGUGCUUGCUGAUUAUUUCAUCGAGCAUUUCUAUGCAGUUGUUUUGUUUUUUGGAUUUCGCCAAAUUCGAGACUUUUGUUGAAGCGUUUAUGUCUAUGUUCCAAAUUCUAACGCAAGAAGCUUGGGUGGAGGUCAUGGAUGAAACUAUGCUGAGAACGAGAUCUAUGUUGGCACCGCUGGUUGCUCUGUAUUUUAUUUUAUACCAUUUGUUUGUCACGCUUAUUGUGUUGAGUUUGUUCGUAGCCGUAAUUUUGGAUAAUCUGGAACUCGAUGAAGACAUCAAAAAAUUGAAACAACUUAAAUAUAGGGAACAAAGCGCAGAAAUCAAAGAAACGUUACCCUUUCGGUUAAGAAUUUUUGAAAAAUUCCCAGAUAGCCCGCUAAUGGUAACUCUACAUAAAGUACCGUCCGAUUUUAACCUACCAAAGGUUAGAGAAAGCUUCAUGAGACAAUUUGUUUAUGAAACGGAAGACGACGAAAAUUCAGAAGGGGGUAUUAAAAAAUUGUGCGAGGAAGUUUUUGACACCAAAGUAAUUUACAGGAAGCAGAAGCCGCUGAAAAUUUUAAACAAUUUGACGAAGGUACGAGUGGUCAAUUUAAAACUGAAAAAAACCGCUGUGGCUCAAAUCGUCAAUGAUUCGAACAACCAACGAUUGAUGCUAGGCGAUUCGUCUUUGAUUCCGGUACCGGGUACUAAGGGUCCAUUAAAACCGCAAGGAACAAUUAACAGCAUGAAACAGUUACGUAUUGAUCAUAAGAAAUUCGGUUCAAGAUCUAUAAGAAGAAGUGUCCGCAGCGGUUCCAUAAAAUUAAAGCAGACUUACGAACAUCUGAUGGAAAAUGGUGAUAUCGGAGUAAACAGGGUCACAUCGAACAGAGCCAGACCACAUGACUUAGAUAUUAAAUUGCUGCAGGCUAAAAGACAGCAAGCUGAAAUGAGAAGGAACCAGAGAGAAGAAGAUUUGAGGGAAAACCAUCCGUUUUUUGAUACGCCACUUUUUGCCGUCCCUAGAGAAAGCAGGUUUCGAAAAUUUUGUCAAAUGAUCGUUUAUGCUCGAUACGAUGCGAGAUUAAAGGAUCCUUUAACGGGCAAAGAGAGGAAGGUUCAGUACAAAACAUUACACAAUUUUCUUGGUUUAGUAACUUACCUCGAUUGGGUGAUGAUAACCAUGACAACAUUGUCGUGCCUCUCUAUGAUGUUCGAAACACCGUCUUAUCGAGUUAUGGAAAACGUUAGUUUGCAAAUAGCAGAAUACGGAUUCGUGAUAUUCAUGAGCAUCGAACUGGCUCUUAAAAUACUAGCAGAUGGUCUCUUCUUCACACCAAAGGCGUACGUGAAAGAUGUAGCUGCUCUAUUGGAUGUCUUCAUUUACGUGGUUAGUCUCACUUUCCUGUGUUGGAUGCCGAAAAGCGUGCCUCCAAACUCAGGUGCUCAACUUCUGAUGAUUCUACGUUGCUUACGACCACUCAGAAUUUUUACUCUGGUUCCCCACAUGAGUAAAGUGGUGUACGAACUGUGUAGAGGUUUCAAAGAAAUUUUACUAGUAUCGACCCUGCUCAUUUUACUCAUGUUCAUAUUUGCCAGUUUCGGGGUGCAACUAUAUGGUGGAAGACUAGCUAGAUGUAAUGACCCCAACAUUACCAGAAGGGAAGACUGCGUGGGUAUGUUCAUGAGAAGAGUUUUUGUGACCAAAAUGAAAGUGCAACCUGGCGAAAAUGAAACUUUUCCUGCUAUAAUGGUGCCUAGAGUGUGGGCAAAUCCAAGAAGAUUCAAUUUCGACAACAUUGGUGACGCAAUGUUAACCCUUUUCGAGGUUUUGUCUUUCAAGGGGUGGCUAGAUGUGAGGGAUAUCCUUAUAAAAAAUUUGGGACCUGUACACGCUAUCUACAUCCAUGUCUACAUUUUCUUGGGCUGUAUGAUUGGACUCACUUUAUUCGUGGGUGUUGUAAUUGCAAAUUAUUCUGAAAACAAAGGGACAGCUCUGUUGACUGUAGACCAAAGAAGAUGGUGUGACUUGAAAAAAAGGCUAAAGAUUGCCCAACCUUUGCAUCUCCCUCCUAGACCGGAUGGGAAAAAAUUUAGAGCCUUCAUUUACGACAUUACUCAAAAUAUAAAGUUCAAGAGAUGUGUGGCUAUCAUGGUACUGAUCAAUAGCGGCCUUUUGAGUGUUACGUGGAAUAAGGAAGAAGCACAUACAGAAAUUUUAGCCACGGUGCAUAUAAUCAGUACUUUAGUUUUCGUGGUAGAAGUGGUAAUGAAAAAUAUCGCAUUUACUCCUAGAGGGUAUUUGCAAUCAAGAAGAAACAGAUACGACCUCUUUGUAACCGUCAUGGGAGUUAUUUGGAUGUUUUUCCAUUGCAUGUUUAAGAAUGAUUUAACGUACUUUGUUGGAUUCAUGGUAGUUAUUCUGCGGUUUUUUACUAUAACCGGAAAACAUGCAACUCUUAAGAUGUUAAUGCUAACAGUAGGAGUGUCAGUUUGUAAAAGUUUUUUUAUCAUAUUUGGAAUGUUCUUGUUGGUGUUCUUUUACGCUCUUGCAGGAACCAUAAUAUUUGGCACCGUAAAAUAUGGAGAAGGUAUAGGAAGGAGAGCAAAUUUUGAAUCUCCUGUAACUGGAGUCGCCAUGUUAUUCAGAAUAGUAACAGGAGAAGACUGGAAUAAGAUUAUGCACGAUUGUAUGAUACAACCUCCAUUUUGUACCCCAGCUGCUAACUACUGGCAAACUGAUUGCGGAAAUUUCUAUGGAUCUUUAAUAUAUUUCUGCACAUUCUACGUCAUUAUCACAUACAUUGUGCUGAAUUUGCUAGUGGCUAUUAUCAUGGAGAACUUUUCUCUAUUUUACUCCAAUGAGGAAGAUGCUCUUUUAUCAUAUGCUGACAUUAGGAAUUUUCAAAAUACCUGGAAUGUUGUUGACAUCCACCAAAGAGGGGUUAUACCAGUACGCAGGGUUAAAUUUAUCCUGAGACUUUUAAAAGGACGUUUAGAAGUGGAUCCUCAAAAAGAUCGUCUUCUAUUCAAACAUAUGUGUUACGAAUUAGAAAGACUUCACAAUGGUGAAGAUGUAACUUUCCACGAUGUUAUAAAUAUGUUGUCCUAUCGAUCAGUAGACAUCAGGAAAGCUCUACAACUGGAAGAAUUAUUGGCUAGGGAAGAGUUUGAAUAUAUUAUAGAGGAAGAAGUUGCGAAACAAACUAUAAGGACGUGGUUGGAGGGGUGUCUUAAGAAAAUUCGUUCUACAAAUAAACAACAAAACAGCUUAAUAGCCGGCUUAAGGGCCACAAACGAAGCACUAUCAAUGCCAGAUCCGACUGAAGAAAGCAAAACGGGCAGUCCCGAACAAGAAAACGAAGCCGAGGCAAACAAGGAAAACGAAACUCGAAAACAAAAAGUUACCAAUUUACCGAGAUCGGACAGCAUAGGCAGUACUUCAGGCCGAAAAUUUUUAGCGCCAACGCUGUCCGACCCGUCAGCUAGACAAGAAAAAGAAAGAAUAGUACCCAAAAAGAAAACCAACAGACCUUCGGUUGUUGUUAAUAAAAAUUUGUCUCACGUAGCCGAAGCGGAGAAUAGAUUACCCAGAGAGGUUUUCAAUAGUAAAACUACUGUACCUAAGGCUAGUAAUACUAUGCACGAGAUCAAAGACUGGUGGAAUGAACAAUUGGCUUAUCUUUCUUCAAGUGACGAAGAAUGAAACAUUAAAAAUACAUGUUCGGCUUAAAUUUUUCUUAGGUCACUAUAAGGAGCGAGAAUAAGAGAACGAAAGCAGAAGGCGUUGGCAAUCCCAUGAAGCCGACCGAUCUCAUCCGCCAACUUCGACACGCAAAGAGUAUUGGAUUUAAGGCGUGCUCGCUUUUUAUAAAGCUAUCGCAGUUCCUUCUAUUAAUGGGCAAUACUCAGGAAAAACAAGCUGAAUCUGUAUAAGGAUCAAAUUUAAAAUUAUGAUGGGAAACUAAUGAAAGUUGAAAAUAUUAGAAAACAAAUUUUCUGCGGCUAUAAUACAAAACUACAUUCCUUUAUUUGAUAAUUCUCAUAACACAAAGUAAUCAUUUCCGUAUCAGAUCCAUAUCUGAUAACACAAAGUAUACAGUUAUUCUCUAAUUAUUUUAAUAAAAUCAUGUGGCAUGAUAUGUCAUACAUUAAAAAAAAUCUAGUUAUUUUGUGCUUUUGUUGUUUACAUUUUGUUAAUUGUCUUCAUCUGUUGGUAGAAUUAAAAAAAUUAAACAUUAAGUAAUAGUACAUAUAUUUGACGUAUGAGAGUAAUUAAUUUACCAAGUUCCGGACCAUAUAUUUAAUGUAUUUUUAUAGUUACAUAAAAAAAUAUCCUCAUGUUUUUUAUGUUAUAUUUUCUGUUUAAAAAUUACUUCAACUGAUGAACAUGAAACUGUACUGGUUUCCUUUAUAGGUGUGUACAGAAUAAAAUUACCGAUAUCACUUAAAAAACUCUUUUAAUUUUGAAUAAUGUAUGAAAACCUUAACAUCACUGCACUUAUUACAUUUUUUAUGCUUGUUUAAAUAAAAUUAAAUGAGGAAAUGCAUCACAUCCUUUAGAAGGUACUCUUUCAUUUAAACAAAAAGAGAAUAAUUUCCAACAAGGCGAAGGUACGCCGGUAUUUUAAAUCGUUGUAGACGGGCGUUGCUCUUGAUCUCGAUGCGGUGAGAAAUAGAUUCUGAUUCAGUUGGAUUACGCCACUCUACUGCCAGGUGGCCUAUCGCGCUGAUAGUUUCAACCAACCAUCUACGAGUUAGUGCUCACGUGACAGCUUUUACUACCAAUUUGUGGUAUGUGGCAAAACUGAUCAUUGUGGACUUUGAUCUUUCUUUACCUUAUAAAAACUCAUCAACUACCCCAAAUAUAAAUAUUCCUGCUAGUCCAGCAACUGUAGUCAAAAAUUAUAUAGCAUGAAAGUUAAUUGCAACAUACUUUAACAACCUGUUAUUUUAAUAUUAUAAAAUAUAAAAAUCAAAAACGGGUAGCAGCAUGUUAUAGCCAUAGAAAAAGUAUAGUGUACAACUUGCAAGGAAUGCUCAUUGAGUGCCAUUCCUUGCUCGUGAAUCUAUAUACUAUAAUAAUACAUGAUUUUUUUACUGCUACCUUCCUGCACGACUUUUAUGACACAAAGUUGAACUUUUACGCACUAGUGGCGUAAGGACAAGAGAUCUCGGCAGUAUUUAAAUCAAAUACCGAAAAUAAAUAAAAAAUGUUGAUAUAAGCCAAUGUUGAUAUUACUAAUAUUUUUUUUUUAUUGGUGAUUGGCUUCGACAAUACAGGUCAUUGUUCUAUGUAGGUUAUGGAUUGUACUAGGUCUAAUAUACUCCAGGAGUACUAGUACUCUAAUAAUCCUGCAACCCUACAGACAUGCCUUGUUACUGUUUUCCUGCGCCACUUUAGGAACAGCACUGUUAAUUAGAACCCAACAGUGAAUGGUCGAGUGGGGAAUCCUAUGUAUGCAUUAGAAUUAUUAUUUAAUUUUUUUAAUUAAAUAAAAAUUCCUUACACCUCCCGAUUCUACCCACUGAGCCAACCCACCCCAAUAUUGUAUUUUGGUUAAAAUAAUUAUAUUGGUAACUAUAUAUUUGUUUUCUAUUUUAAAUUUUAUACACGGUCGUUGAAAAAAUUGUGUUUAUAACUCAGACGAUGAUAUACCUACACAUUUUUCGGUUGAAGAGUGGUAUUAACCUCAUAUUUAAGUGCGAAGUAAUUUUAUAUACCUAUUUUAAUAAAAAAAAACUUAAAAAGUUUAAUUGGUAUUAGAAGCAUACUAAAAAAUGAAUAGUUUGCCUGGUUAGGUACAUUAUGUUACUUAUUAGAAAAUUCUGAA